UCUUCUAUUCCGUCCUCAACCAUCUGAACCAUUUUGAACUUUUUAAAUGGACUAACUAUGUAUCCUGAAGGUUAACUUAUCGGUUCAAAGUGACUCGUGAUGAUCGGGAGAUUGAGUGUGUUUUCUCGGUUAGCUUGUCGAAGGGCUAUUUAUUUAUUUCGAGAGUUUUGUGCUGAAGCAGAACUCUUGGUAGAAGAUGGAAAUAAGUCAAGAAGUUGUAAACCUUUACGCCCUUUAUAUUUUGAUUUUCAAGCAUCUACACAAAUGGAUCCUCGAGUAUUAGAUGCCAUGUUACCAUUUUAUAUCAGUCAUUUUGGUAACCCUCAUUCACGCACACAUGAGUAUGGUUGGUAUUGCGAAGAAGCCGUUGAGAAAGCUAGAGGAAAUGUAGCUAGUCAGAUAGGCGCUGACCAUAAAGAGAUCAUUUUCACCAGUGGUGCUACAGAAAGUAAUAACCUAGCUGUAAAAGGUGUUGCCAAGUUUUACUAUCCAAAGAAGAAGCAUAUUAUAACUACACAGAUCGAGCAUAAAUGUGUAUUGGAUUCCUGUAGAGUUUUGGAAAACAGUGGGUUUGAUGUUACUUAUUUACCUGUUCAGAAAAGUGGAAUUUUGGAUUUGGAGGUUCUGGAACGGUCUAUCAAACCCGAAACGGUCUUGGUGUCUGUCAUAGCAGUUAAUAACGAAAUAGGUGUUCUUCAGCCAAUCGAAGAAAUUGGAAGACUAUGUCGAAGUAAAGGAGUUUUCUUCCAUUCUGAUGCUGCACAAGCUUUUGGAAAAGUGCCAAUUGAUGUUAAUGCUAUGAAUAUUGACCUCAUGUCCAUUAGUGGUCACAAGAUAUAUGGUCCUCAAGGCAUUGGUGCUCUCUACGUACGUCGCCGACCUAGGGUUCGAUUAGAAGCUCAGCAAAAUGGAGGUGGACAGGAACGUGGGUUAAGGUCUGGUACUGUUCCUACGGCCUUAGUUGUCGGUUUAGGUGAAGCAAGCCGUUUGGCAAGCGAGGAAAUGAAAGAUGAUUAUGAACAUGUUUCCGCUUUAAGUAAACGUUUAAUCGAUGGUAUCACUUCCAAAAUUCAACAUGUUACCCUCAAUGGUGAUCCAAUUCAACGUUAUCCAGGCUGUGUAAACUUUAGUUUUGCUUACGUAGAGGGUGAAAGCUUGCUUAUGGCUUUAAAAAAUGUUGCUUUAUCAUCUGGCAGUGCAUGUACAUCUGCUUCACUAGAGCCAUCUUAUGUUUUAAGAGCAAUAGGGACUGAAGAGGAUUUAGCACAUUCUAGUAUUCGAUUUGGUAUCGGACGAUUUACCACUGACGAGGAAGUUGAUUUUACAGUCGCUGAACUAUCUAAACAUGUUCAACGGCUGCGUGAAAUGAGUCCUUUGUGGGAAAUGGUAUCGGAGGGAAUCGAUAUAAAGUUUAUACAAUGGACACAACACUGAUCAUUUGUUUCACCAUAUCAGAAGCUUUAUUGUACUUUUUCCCUUCAUCUUUACCACUAAAAACUUUCAUAUUCUUUUGUUUUCUAAGUAAAAUUGAAAUUUUAACAGACAUUCAACUAGCAGUUGGAUCAUGAAGCUUCAAGAGAGAUAUUUUUCUGUUUCUUUGAAUAUUUCAAAAUAAGUGAUAAUUAUUCAAAAUUUUCACAUUGUAAAUCACUUCUUAUUUUAGUUAAUUCCAAAGUAAUAUAUGUUUUUGUGUGGAAAGCAUUUGAAUAGUCGAAUAAAAAGACGAAGAUUAUCAAAACUA